AUGUUAGUGGAACACGCGAAGCAUUGGGCUUGGCAAGCAAUGGGUGGUACGAGAAUCGAGGUCCUUUACACAUUUCUCGUAUUCCUAGGUGUAUUAUUGGUAGCAAGGUGCUUGCAAUGGCUUAGGUAUGUGCGCUCUCUGCCUCCAGGGCCUUGGGGUGUACCCGUGUUUGGUUAUUUGCCAUUUCUGAAAGGCGACGUUCACCUCCAGUACGGAGAACUGGCAAAAAAGUAUGGUCCAAUGUUCAGUGCACGACUAGGAACGCAACUGGUGGUUGUUCUUAGCGAUCACCGUACAAUUCGCGACACGUUUCGUCGGGAAGAGUUUACUGGCAGACCGCAUACCGAGUUCAUCAACAUCCUCGGCGGAUACGGUAUUAUCAACACCGAAGGUGCUAUGUGGAAAGACCAAAGAAAAUUUCUUCACGAUAAACUCAGAGGCUUCGGCAUGACCUAUAUGGGCGGUGGAAAGAAAAUUAUGGAAUCGAGAAUCAUGCGCGAAGUGAAGACGUUUCUUCGUGGAUUAGCAUCGGAACAAGGUACACCGACGGACGUUUCCGCAUCCCUUGGCAUGUCGAUUAGCAAUGUUAUUUGUUCCAUCAUAAUGGGAGUUCGUUUUCAACACGGUGACGAUAGAUUCAAAAGAUUCAUGGACCUGAUCGAGGAAGGUUUCAAGUUAUUUGGCAGUAUGGCUGCUGUCAACUUUAUUCCCGUAAUGCGUUAUUUGCCUUGUUUGCAAAAGGUUCGAAACAAGAUAUCGGAAAAUCGUGCAGAAAUGGCUGAUUUUUUUCAAGAAGCAGUCGAUCAGCAUCGAGCAACGUUCGAUGAAAGCACCGUGCGAGAUCUCGUCGAUGCGUAUUUGCUCGAGAUCGAGAAAGCGAAGGGAGAAGGUCGCGCUAAAAUGCUCUUUGAAGGAAAGAAUCACGAUCGUCAAAUGCAACAAAUACUCGGCGAUUUGUUCUCUGCUGGCAUGGAAACGGUGAAAACCACGCUGGAAUGGGCCAUGAUCUUGAUGCUACAUCACCCGGAUGCGGCAACUGCUGUACAGGAAGAAUUGGAUCAGGUGGUAGGAAAAUCGAGGAUGCCUGCCCUAGAGGAUCUCCCUUUUCUUCCGAUAACAGAAGCGACGAUACUCGAAGUUCUUAGAAGAUCUAGUAUCGUUCCUUUGGGUACCACUCACGCGACUACAAGAGAUGUGACGUUACACGGUUACACGAUACCAGCUGGAUCGCAAGUGGUGCCAUUGCUACACGCUGUACAUAUGGAUCCAGAACUUUGGGAGGAGCCCGAGGAGUUUCGGCCGAGUCGGUUUCUCUCGGCCGAAGGUAAAGUCCAGAAACCGGAAUACUUUAUGCCUUUCGGUGUUGGCAGACGUAUGUGUCUCGGCGAUGUGUUGGCACGUAUGGAAUUAUUCUUGUUCUUUAGUUCGUUGAUGCACACAUUUGAGUUGCGAUCGCCACAGGGUUCGUCCUUGCCGAGUUUGCGUGGUAAUGCCGGUGUGACCGUCACGCCUGACCCUUUCGACGUUUGCUUAUUACCAAGAAAUCUGGACCUCAUCGAAGAUGCGAAUAACGAUAUGAUUUCCUCUGGUGCCAUACUGCGAAAUAUCGGCAGUCACUGAGAUUGCCGUUUUCCUCAAUGCUCCUCUCUCUCUUACACACACACACACACACACACACACACACACACGGUAAUCGUUCCUAACGAGACCGACCCGAUCCGAUUCUAUCCGACUCGAUCC